CCCAGCUAUUUAAAGCUCCUAACCUUCCAAACUAUACCUCUUUUCGACAUCAUCCAACUGGAUUCAUCCUAUCACACAACACAACACCACAUCAUACAACACAGCCAUCACAGUUCGAGCCGUACUACAUUGGCUAUAGCCAUCGCACCUUGAUCAUUCCGUAAGCAUUUGACAUCAGAUACUCAUCAAAAGAUCUCUAACAAGAUCCAUAGCAAGUACCGACCAUGUCAUCUCCAACCCUGAUUACGCUGCCCAACGAGAUGAUCGCGCGAGUCGUGGAUCACUUAGGAGUAGAAGACUGCCAGCAACUAAGAAUCACCAACAAACUUCUCAGCGUCUUUGCCUCGAAAGAGUUGGCGAGACUCUGCUUCAAAACAGUCAAUGUCUCCAUGACCCGGUACACUCUUGAUGCUCUUGUGCGUGUCUGCCAGCACCCCAUAUUCGGACAGUACGUGCGGGAGGUCGGCCUUUUGACCACACGUGCCCGACCAGAAGACAUCACCCAACCUCUCAAAGACUUCCAGAACUCUUUCAAAACUGGCGGUCUAGAAGGCCUGAACAAUGCCUAUCAUAUCCUACAAGUAUACGCUAAACAGUGUCAUGAGGAAUUCACUCUUGAACAGAGUGGCGAGGGCACUCAGCUCCUCACCACGGCGCUCAAAUCACUCAAGGAACGGGGCCAGUCUGUGCUACUUUCGGCGACCGAUUGCCUAAGUCCCAUGGAAAUCGGAGCCAAAAGAGCCUACAGAGACCACGCAUUCAAAUGGCUAUCCAAGUGCAACGGACGUCUGAGGUCUUCGAUGCGUGUACUUGCAAACGCAGCAUUUCGUUCUGGAUGCCGUAUCAAUGGCUUGCACAUCAAACACGACUGCGAUAUCUCGGACUGUGAGCUGGACUCUCCUGAAUGUGUCAUCGAUCUAGGGCACGUACUAGGCGCCUUCAGCAUGAUCAAGACUCUCUGCAUUGACUUCACGGAUCUGCCGUCCGAAAAAUCUUUGAAGUCUCUAGGAGCGAUGCUUUCGAUCAGUCGCCAGCUUGAGGACGUCACGGUUUCCUUGCGCUGUGUCCCGGGUAGCACCGGAUAUAGACUGGAAAAGGCUUCUAUCAGAACCGUCGACGAUCUUCUUUGCGAAGGUCUCAGGCAUGGACUGAAAAAGCUCAGACUCAGCGGCUUUCCAAUCUCGCAGUAUGGCCUCGUGUGUAUAUUGGGCGGCAGUUUCCGCACGCUCCAGAGCCUAGAGCUCACUCAAAUUGCUCUGCGUCGUGGAACCUGGGACCUGGUUAUCCCCUGGCUCCGGAACAACUUCUCCCUUAGCGAAGUCACAAUUGAGGAAUUAUACCAGGUCGAUGACGAUGACCUCGACGAGGAAGGCUAUCUUUUUGAAGAGUUCUAUUUUGAACCAAUCUGCGCCAAAGGUAGAGAGGAAGUUAAAUCUGCCCUAUUGCACCUAAGGUAGAGUUCGGAUGACGAACCAUAACCGCUUGUCCUAUGAUCAGGAGAAUGCAAGACACUUCCGAUACGGCUGAAAAUGAGGCAUGAGGCCUCUCUUUGGACAUUUAUUCGACCCGAGGAAGCAUUGUGUAUUUAGACGGCGACCUCUCACUCAGUCAGCCGAGGGGGAGGAACCAUCCAAGCAGAAUAGAGCAUAUAGUCACAAAUGAUGAUUCUACAAAGGAGUCAUGGCUCCUGGUACAUUAGAUUCACCGGAAACAAGACUGUAGACUCGCACAAUCUUUUGUAGUGUUGAAGUAGUCUCCAACGAGAGCACGCAUGACUUCAGCAAGUACAGUCUUUUUUAUGUCGUUGUAGUCGUCUAGUUGUUGACAGCCCUAGCGAUAUCGCGGGCAAAGGCAUUCGAGGCCCAGAAGGAUCCGCCGAACUCCAUGUCGUACCUGAUGAAUUUCGGUCAGUAAAAUCCGUAUU